AAUUUCUGCCCCCUCUGCUACAUGCUCAUCACAGGUCUUCUGAAACUUUUCCUGUUUGCUCUAAGUGCUCUUACUCAUUACAAUUCAGCUGUUCCUGAAGGCAAACUUUUGUUCCGUGAAAGAGACCAAAGCAAAGAUUGAAUGUUUUUUGUGUUUCACCACCCUUCUCCACACUCUUGCAAAUUAAAUGCCUCCUCCUCCAGCCUACCCUUUUCUCUUCUGGCAGGGCACUGUUGCCCCAACAAGGGAAGCUUUGUCUUGCUUCUCCCACUCCCAGCACACGCUUGGCUUCCCUAUUGCCUUCUGUUUUCGCCUCUUGGAGACCCUGCAGUCUCCCCGCUUUCCUGCCCAGUAUUUUGGGACAGAGCUGCAGGUGUCCUGUACCACCUUCCUGGACAAAGGUUGGGCAGCGCAUCAGGUCCUAGGCUUUCUGGCCUUUUCUCCAAGCCUGCCCACUUCCAGAGACAGUCGGCCCAAUAUGUCAAGACCUCUGAUCACUAGAUCCCCUGCAUCUCCAUUGAACAAUCAAGGCAUCCCCACUCCAGCACAACUCACAAAAUCCAACGCACCAGUUCACAUUGAUGUGGGUGGGCACAUGUAUACCAGCAGCUUGGCCACGCUUACAAAAUAUCCUGAUUCCAGAAUCGGCAGACUCUUUGAUGGCACGGAGCCCAUCGUCCUCGACAGCCUCAAGCAGCAUUAUUUCAUCGACAGAGAUGGGCAAAUGUUCAGAUAUAUCUUGAAUUUUUUAAGAACAUCGAAACUCCUCAUUCCUGAUGAUUUCAAGGACUACAGUUUGUUAUACGAAGAAGCAAAGUAUUUCCAGCUUCAGCCCAUGCUAGGAGAGAUGGAAAGGUGGAAACAAGACCGGGAGAGUGGCCGCUUCUCAAAAUCUUGUGAAUGCCUGGUGGUGCGUGUUGCCCCAGAUCUCGGUGAGAGGAUUACACUGAGUGGCGAUAAGUCAUUGAUAGAAGAAGUGUUUCCAGAGAUUGGUGAUGUGAUGUGUAAUUCUGUCAAUGCCGGCUGGAAUCAUGACUCAACGCAUGUCAUCAGAUUUCCGCUGAACGGAUACUGCCACCUCAACUCAGUUCAGGUCCUUGAGAGGUUACAGCAAAGAGGAUUUGAGAUUGUUGGCUCAUGUGGAGGUGGAGUGGACUCUUCCCAAUUCAGUGAAUACGUACUGAGACGAGAACUCAGAAGGACAUCUCGUGCACCCUCCGUCAUUCGAAUAAAGCAAGAGCCUCUGGACUAAAAUGGACAUGUUUCUUUAUGCAAAAAAAAAAAAAAAAAAGAGGAAAAAAAAAAAGAGAGGAAAAAAGGGGGAACGUUUCAUGUGCAGUUUGGACUCCAAACAAGUCCUGCAAGUGAAUAAAAGACACAUUUAUAUCAAAUAUAGAGACCACACCUGAAUUCAUAUGGGAACACUUGGAAUAGUGGUAAUAAUAAAAACCUCAAGGUGUAGAAGAAAAUACAGCCAUACAUAUAUAUAUGUACAUACAUACGUAUAUAUAUGUAUGCAUACAUCAAAGGGUAGGAAAUGCAAUGACAAACAAGUGGUAGAUGAGGUUGGUGCUGUGAUGGCCAUUAAGUGUCCUAAGACUUACUUGGGUCCACUUAAUGGUGUACAAGCCAUUACCAUGGGGGGAUUCAUAGACAGCUCAUAACAAAUUUUUCAUUUCCAAACACUCAUUCAAUUUUUAAUGUCUACACACCUUGAUUCAACUCUACUUGCAUAUGGAGGUUUUAUGUCUGUCUUUUAGAGGUGGAUGGGCAGGCGUUCAGGAGAUGACCAUUCAUUGCAUUGAAAAGCUACUCAAAUGAAAUUUUAAAUGUAGUUUGUACAGAAGUCGCACACGUUUUGUCUGCCCUCACAGAUGUGAAAGCUUAACUUUUCUUUUGAAUGAAUUUUUUGGGUUUUUUUUUUUGUUUUGUUUUGUUUUUUCAUUUUGUUUUGUGUUUUUUCAAAGGGGGCCAGAAUAAUUAAUAUUUGGUAGAGAUGCUCUGGUUUGAAUCUGCUGCUUUCCUACAAUUUUUCAAAUUUUAUAAUGUAUUAAAUACAAUAAACUCUGUUUAAAGUAAUAAAGGUCUGAUUUCAGCCAGCAGGAGCAGAGAGGUGGGGUUCAGCUCCCUGCGCUCUGGCACAGUGCACAGAGAUGAAGGCAGCAGGCGUUGUGCGGGCAUUGUGUUCUGGGGUCUUCCUUCAGGACUGUCCUUAAGAUUUGUCCUGGUUUGAAGAGACAAGCUCAAAAAACAGCACCAAUCCAGCCCAGGGAAACCCAUCUGAAAUGGAUGCCUGAGUUUGUAAGUGUUGAUGUAACAACGCUUGCAUCAUUUCCUCUAACUGAAGAGCAGGCAGCUUCCAUUUUCAAUGACCUUGCCCUGCUGCAUGUUAACCAGCCAGUUUGUUUUCGUGCCCUUCAUUUCCCUUGUUCAGACCUAGUGUUCUUCUCCCUAGGGAGUGAGCCCCUCAGCUCCUCACGCUGCACCGUGGCUGACAGCAGGCAAUGGGUGAGUCCUGCAAGGCCAUCCUAGAGCCAGCCCAACUCCAUGAGGCCACCACAUGGCCCUCUCCCAGGGAGAUGCUUCUGCCACAUGAGAUGAACCAGCAACCACUUUCUUUCCUCUGAAGUACCUUUUUAUGCAAUAUUCCAGAAUAUGACUGUGUACUCAUCCCGGUAUGGAAGUUUCUAUCGAAGCAGUGGUGCCGGCGUUACAUUCAUUUUGGUGACACUUUGCUAUUUAUUUAAGAAAAGAAAAAAGAAAUUGUUGAAGUAAAUACAUGUAAUAAGGUUUUUAAUAUAGUCUGAUAACUCAAAGCUACCAUUUUUUUCUGUUUUCCAUUGAAAUUUGUCAGAGGGCAUACUUAAAUAGCUCUUUGGCAGCACCUAUCAAUGGGGUUUUGAAACUACUGAGAUAUGGAAAUGGGUGGAAGGGGGGGCUCCAUAAAUGAAGAUUCCUGAGCAGGUUAUUGGGUCUUCAAUGUGAUGCUGAUCUGUCUACUCACAGUACUGAAACAGCUGCCUCACUGAAAGUGCUUGUUUUCAAUCAGCAGCAAGUAGUCCUCAUACCAAAUAAAUGCUUGCUCUUUCUACCCAAAA